AUGCUACGUAACGUAUGGCUGCGCAAUAGCGCUUCCAUUCAACGACUACAAUUUACAACAACAUCUUCUCUAUCAAGAACGAAAGCCAUGGACCGUUUUCAAUCCAUAAACCAGUUUCAACAAUAUCCUCCUUUUCUUCCUAUGACCAUGUCAUUCGUAAAAUAUCAUGAAAAAUAUCAAACUUUAAAACCAUCCGCUCGCUGUACAGAAAAAUCCGUAGCAUUGGCAGGACGUGUGAUGGCGAUUCGUCAUGCUAGUAAAAAUCUCGUGUUUUUAGAUAUACAAAGUGAUGGUCAAACGGUACAAGUUUUAUCCGAGAUAAAACAUUUUCAAGGUUCAAGAAAUGAUACAAAAAAUGAGGAUCAAGAAAUAGUGAAAAAGGAGUUUCAAGCAAUUCAUGAAAGUCUUCGUCGUGGUGAUAUUAUUGGAGUCAAAGGGUUCCCGGGCAAGUCUGGGAAAGGAGAAUUGAGUAUCAUUUCAAGACAAUUACAAGUGCUUGCACCUUGUAUCCAGCCUUUUCCAAAUAGUAAAUACGGCAUUAAAGAACCGGAAAUUCGAUUCCGUAAAAAGUAUCUGGACUUGUUGACCAACCCGGACGUACGUCCAAUUUUCUUGACGCGUGCAAAGGUUAUUCGAGGAAUUCGGAGGUAUCUUGAAGACCGCAAUUUUAUUGAAGUUGAAACGCCGAUACUGUUUUCGGCUGCAGGUGGUGCAGCUGCUCAGCCGUUUGUGACCAACUCCCGGGCACUUGGUAACAAGCUGUAUCUACGCAUUGCACCAGAACUCUUUCUCAAGCAACUUGUGAUUGGUGGCUUUGACCGCGUUUUUGAGAUUGGUAAAGUCUUUCGAAAUGAAGGUAUUGAUGCCACUCAUAAUCCAGAGUUCACGAUGUGUGAGUUCUACCAAGCGUAUGCAGACUACAACACGCUAAUGGAAACAGCAGAAGAGAUGAUCUCGGGUAUUGCAAAGGACGUGACUGGAUCGUACAAGGUUCAGUACCCGAUGGAUAGGGUGACUGAAGAAGCUAUACAAGUCUCCGAGGACGAGCCGUCUAUAGUGGAGAUUGACUUUAUGCCACCUUUCAAGCGUCUUCCUGUUCUUGAGACACUCGAGACGUGUCUGGGCGAAAAGCUUCCAGACGUCAAUUCGCCAGACUCAAUACCGGCACUACUGAAGCUGUGCGAGCGGCAUAACGUAGAUUGCUCCAAACCGCACACUUGCGCUCGCCUAGUCGAUAAGCUCAUCGCGCACUUUAUCGAGCCCAUGUGCGUGAACCCAACGUUCAUAUAUAACCACCCAACAUGCAUGAGUCCGCUCGCCAAGGCGCAUCGAGAGAAGGAGGGUGUGACUGAGCGGUUUGAGCUAUUCGUGGCGGGCAAGGAGCUAUGCAAUGCGUACACGGAGCUAAACGACCCGUUCGACCAGCGCCAGCGGUUCGCAGCGCAACAAGCGGAUCAGCAGCGCGGUGACAGCGAGGCACAGAGCAAGGAUGACGAGUUCUGCACGGCGCUCGAAUACGGUCUGCCGCCGACGGGUGGUUUUGGCAUCGGUGUGGACCGAUUAGUCAUGCUGCUCUCGAGCAAACCUCACAUCCGCGAGGUCAUCCUGUUUCCUGCGAUGAAGCCCAAGCACGACACGUAA